AUGGUGAAGGCAACAGAGCUGCUGAAGGCAGGUGAGGAAGAGUUUUGGGCAAACCAGCAUCCUCAGCCUUACAUCUUCCCUGACUCUCCUGGGGGCACUUCUUACGAGAGAUACGAGUGCUACAAGCUUCCUGAAUGGUGUUUGGAUUUCUGGCAUCCUUCUGAGAAGGCAAUGUAUCCUGAUUACUUUGCCAAACGAGAACAGUGGAAGAAGCUGCAACUGGAAAGCUGGGAUAAAGAGAUUAAGCAGUUAGAAGAAGAAACUCCACCUGAUGGUCCAAAAACUGAAGCCUUGCCUCCAGCUCGUAAGGAAGGGCAUCUGCCACCACUGUGGUGGGACUAUGUAACAAGACCUCGUGAAAUUCCCAUGUAA